CGGAGGCACUGCGGUCCGACCGUCGCCACUGCGCGGAGCUCGGUAGGAGUCCGAGUGGUCGCAGCGCUCGCUGCGGGGCUCCGAGGUUCCGAACGCGGCCCGAGCCGGUUCCGAGGACCCGCCAGGAUUUCGCGCACGGAAGUGCUGCGAGCCUGUCCAGGGGGAGGCGGCGCGGCGCGACUUCCUCCUUCGGCUGCCGGCCCAACCUCCGGCUCCUCCCCGCCUCCUCCCCUAGACCGGCAGCUCCAGGCCCGAGGGGCGGCGCUGCCCCGCCAGUCCCCACGGCGCCCGGCACCGCGCGAGUGCCCGAGCCCUAGCCCGGCGCCCCGCCGCGCUUUCCCAGCGGCCGCCCCGCCCUGCCCGGAUCAGCCCGCACGUCUCGCUGCGCCGCCGGCCUUGCAGCGACCUAGCCCGGGCCAGCUCGGGUGAGCUCAGGCGGCGGGCCGGGCACCGAGCGCCCGGACAGGGACGGUCGCCUUGGGGCUGCACGUCCGGCGAUGGCUGCGCCCGGGCGCCCUCGGCCCCGCGGCCUCCUGCUGCUGCUCCCCGGCCUCCUGCUGCCCCUCGGCGGCGCCUUCAACCUGGACGUGGACAGCCCGUCCGAGUACUCCGGCCCCGAGGGAAGUUACUUCGGCUUCGCUGUGGACUUCUUCGUGCCCAGCGCGUCCUCCAGGAUGUUUCUCCUGGUGGGAGCCCCCAAAGCAAACACGACCCAGCCUGGAAUUGUGGAAGGAGGUCAAGUCCUCAAAUGCGACUGGUCAUCUAGCCGCCGGUGCCAGCCCAUUGAAUUUGAUUCAACAGGUAAUCGAGAUUUUGCCAAAGAUGACCCACUGGAGUUUAAAUCCCACCAGUGGUUUGGAGCCUCUGUGAGGUCAAAGCAGGAUAAAAUCUUGGCCUGUGCUCCAUUGUACCACUGGAGGACUGAGCAGAAGCAGGAGAGAGAGCCUGUUGGAACUUGCUUUCUUCAAGCUGGAGCAAAGACUGUUGAAUAUGCUCCAUGCAGGUCAAAGAAUAUUGAUGCUGAUGGACAGGGAUUUUGUCAAGGAGGAUUCAGCAUUGAUUUUACUAAAGCUGACAGAGUACUUCUUGGUGGUCCUGGUAGCUUUUAUUGGCAAGGUCAGCUCAUUUCAGAUCAAGUGGCAGAAAUCAUAUCUAAAUAUGACCCCAAUGUUUACAGCAUCAAAUAUAAUAACCAGUUAGCAACUCGGACUGCACAAGCAAUAUUUGACGACAGUUAUUUGGGUUACUCAGUGGCUGUGGGAGACUUCAAUGGUGAUGGCACUGAUGAUUUUGUUUCAGGAGUUCCAAGAGCAGCCAGGACUUUGGGAAUGGUUUAUAUUUAUGAUGGAAAAAACAUGUCCUCUUUACACAAUUUUACUGGUGAGCAGAUGGCUGCAUACUUCGGAUUUUCUGUAGCUGCCACUGACAUUAAUGGGGAUGAUUAUGCAGAUGUCUUUAUUGGAGCACCUCUGUUCAUGGAUCGAGGCUCUGAUGGCAAACUCCAAGAGGUGGGACAGGUCUCAGUGUGUCUGCAGAGAGCAUCAGGAGACUUCCAGAUCACAAAGCUGAAUGGGUUUGAGGUCUUUGCGAGGUUUGGCAGUGCUAUAGCUCCUUUGGGAGACCUGGAUCAGGACGGCUUCAAUGAUAUUGCAAUUGCUGCUCCAUAUGGGGGUGAAGAUAAAAAAGGUCUUGUUUAUAUCUUCAAUGGAAGAGCAACAGGCUUGAAUGCAGUACCAUCUCAGAUCCUUGAGGGGCAGUGGGCUGCUCAGGGCAUGCCCCCAAGCUUUGGCUAUUCAAUGAAGGGAGCUACAGAUAUAGACAGAAAUGGAUAUCCAGAUUUGAUUGUAGGAGCUUUUGGUGUGGAUCGAGCUGUCUUAUACAGGGCCAGACCAGUUAUCACCGUAAAUGCUGGCCUUGAAGUGUUCCCUAGCAUUUUAAAUCAAGACAACAAAACCUGCCCAUUGCCUGGGACAGCACUCAAAGUUUCCUGUUUUAAUGUCAGAUUCUGCUUAAAGGCAGAUGGCAAAGGAGCACUUCCAAGGAAGCUUAACUUCCAGGUGGAGCUUCUUUUGGAUAAACUCAAGCAAAAGGGAGCAAUUCGACGAGCACUAUUUCUCCAUAACAGGUCCCCGGGUCACUCCAAGAACAUGACUAUUUUCAGGGGGGGACAGAUGCAGUGUGAGGAACUGGUAGCCUAUCUGCGGGAUGAAUCUGAAUUUAGAGACAAACUCACUCCCAUCACUAUUUUCAUGGAGUAUCGGUUGGAUUACAGAACAGCUGCUGAUGCAACAGGCUUGCAACCCAUUCUUAACCAGUUCACCCCUGCCAACAUCAGCCGACAGGCUCAUAUUCUUCUUGACUGUGGGGAAGACAAUGUCUGUAAACCUAAACUAGAAGUUUCUGUAGAUAGUGAUCAAAAGAAAAUCUAUAUUGGGGAUGACAACCCUCUGACACUGAUUGUGAAGGCACAGAAUCAAGGAGAAGGGGCCUAUGAAGCCGAGCUCAUCGUCUCCAUCCCACCACAGGCUGAUUUCAUUGGGGUUGUCCGAAACAAUGAAGCCUUAGCAAGACUUUCCUGUGCAUUCAAGACAGAAAACCAAACCCGGCAGGUGGUAUGUGACCUGGGAAAUCCAAUGAAGGCUGGAACUCAACUGUUUGCUGGACUUCGUUUCAGUGUGCACCAGCAAUCAGAAAUGGAUACUUCUGUGAAAUUUGACUUGCAAAUUCAAAGCUCUAAUCUUUUUGACAAAGUGAGCCCAGUUGUAUCUUACAAAGUUGACCUUGCUGUUUUGGCUGCUGUCGAGAUCAGGGGAGUCUCAAGUCCUGAUCAUAUCUUUCUUCCAAUUCCAAAUUGGGAGUACAAGGAAAACCCCGAGACUGAAGAAGAUGUUGGGCCUGUUGUUCAGCACAUCUAUGAGCUGAGAAACAAUGGUCCAAGUUCAUUCAGCAAGGCAAUGUUAAAUCUUCAGUGGCCUUACAAAUACAACAACAACACUUUGUUGUACAUCCUUCAUUACGAGAUUGAUGGGCCAAUGAACUGUACCUCAGAUAUGGAGAUCAACCCUUUGAGAAUUAAGGUCUCAUCUUUGCAAACACCAGAAAAGAAUGAGACCAUUUCUGGUCAAGGUGACCGGAACCAUCUUCUCACCAAGCGGGACCUUGCUGCCCUCAGUGAGGGAGACGUUCACACUUUGGGUUGUGGAAUUGCUCAGUGCUUGCAGAUCUCCUGCCAGGUUGGGCGGCUGGACAGAGGGAAGAGUGCAAUCCUGUAUGUGAAGUCUCUGCUAUGGACGGAGACCUUUAUGAAUAAGGAAAACCAGAAUCAUUCCUAUUCUCUGAAGUCAUCUGCUUCAUUUAAUGUCAUAGAGUUUCCUUACAAGAAUCUCCCAAUUGAGGAUAUCUUCAACUCCACACUAGUCACCACUAACAUCACCUGGGGCAUUCAGGCAGCACCCAUGCCGGUGCCUGUGUGGGUGAUCAUCUUGGCAGUUCUUGCAGGACUGUUGUUACUGGCUGUUCUGGUCUUUGUAAUGUAUAGGAUGGGCUUUUUUAAACGUGUCCGGCCACCUCAAGAAGAACAAGAAAGAGAACAACUUCAACCUCAUGAAAAUGGUGAAGGAAACUCAGAAACCUAACUGCAAUUUUGGUUUUAAAUCUGUGCUGCAUCUUGAUCCAUUAAAUUUACCGUCUUGACAAUAGAUUUAAAUGUCCUUCAUGAAGAAUAAAAUUCCAAGACUGUAUUGCUGAUGGUACCCAUUAGCCUCGGUUUACCUACAAAGUUGAGAGCAAUAUUUUUCAAUCUUUCCUUACAAAUAAGAUCAGAUUGAGUUUAAUGCACAUAUGCUAACUUGUGUUUUUAGGUAUUUAAGUAAUGAAAUUUCAAGUGAUCUUUCUUAUUCAAUGUACAUAAGAGAGAUAGUGCCUGAGUUACCACUUCAGAUAACAUAGUACCUCCUUCAGUUACUGUUUAUGAUUUACUGUGUUGGGUUUUUCUUUUCACUGAUGUUGUUAUGUUAAGGCAAUUAGGAUUUUAAAGCAAUUCAAAUUCAGACCUUAGCAUCAGUAGUUUUUGUACAGGUACUUAGAACUUUAGUAUACAUUACACUACAGUUGACUUUGUAAGCUACUAAAGACUGUAAUUAUGUGAAGUUUGAUUUUAUUAUCAUUUACAUGGUAGAACUUUUUAAAAACAUGAUAACAUCAAAAUUCUUUCCUGGGAGCUAUAAUUCAGUCAUAGAGCAUGUGCUUAGUAUGUGCAAGGCCCUGGGUUCAAUCCUCAGCACUGAGGAAAACAAUAGUUUAUUAUAAUAACAACGGUACAGUAUUUUUAUGGGCAUAUGCUAUUAAAUUUUUAUUUCUAUUUAAUCCACAAUCUAUUGUAUUAUAUUUUAGCUUGUAUAAUUUGAAUCCUAUAUCAAAUCCUUUCAUCCAUCUCAUGCUAAAAAUUCUAGAAUCAGAAAUGCCCAUUUGUGUAAUAGUUUGAUUUAAGUUAAAUAAUGACGAUGCUUAAAGCCAUAAGAGUUUGGAAAUUAGUUCCAAAGUACAUUUAUUCCUUUAGUUUCUCUUUGACUAUUGGCAACACAUAAAAGAUUGAAAGACUAUCUUUGUAGUUCUUUGAUAUAGUAUGCUCUUAAACUAGAGCAGAGCCUUUAGUUGGUAUUAAUUUAUUUUCCUCCUGUAUACAUAUUUUCCCUUAUAUUUACAAAACUGAGAAUGGGUCAAGAUCAUCUUUAUAGGCUACAGGAACCUGUAUCCCCACACUCCCACCCCUUGGGAAAGACCUGGAGUCAAUAUUCCUAAGGAGCGGGUUGGUUUGCAUCAGCAUGAUGCUACUCACCCAGACAGUACCUCAGGUUAAGUGAGGAGCAUGUAAAACCAGCCGCAGUUGUGAGAAUAACUUCUAAAAUGUAUCUUUAUAAGCAGCUCGUGUUAUUGAAAACCUUUUAAAGCUUUUUAAGGUUUGUUAACGUAAAUUACUUUUCUAGGGCUUUAAUAAUGGCAGCAUAGGCAGCAAGUUGUGGUUUUAAGUGCCUGUGAUUUAUUCACAGUUCCUCAAGGCCUAGGGAUGACUAUUAAUUAUGUCUGUUUUUUGUGCAAUUACAUCAUCUUGUGCACUAGAAAUUGAGAAUUUUAAUAGCUUUUUAACUGCUGUUCUCAUUAGGCAAUGAUAAAUAUUUCUCUUAAAUAAUUGACUUUUUCUACAUUUUAAAAGUAAUUGAAAUAUGUCUCAUCUUUUUUGUGCUAUAAUUCUAUACACAAGUGGCUGAGCUAAUCUGAACUUAUUUUCAUAACAUGAAGCACAUAUAGGUGAGUUAUACAAGUUACACUAUAGAUGCAACUGAUAUUUUAUAACCAAUAAAUUUAAAUUCUUUUAAGAAAUAUUUUUAUCUUAGGGUUAGGGUUAAGUGUUACCCACCACCAAGCAGUUACUAAAUUGGUCUAUAAAAACUUUUACCUCAUCUAUUUUCUUACAUAGUAGCUGUCAUUCCUGAAAAAAAAAUGUUGAAUAGAAAUUCACUCUUUGGCAACAGAGUUAAGAUUGGUUUUUACAUAGCUAUUCCUUUUAUGACCUAUGUGCCAAGGAAUAAUUUUCUAUUAGUGAUUGAAAGAUGUUGUACUUUGAAAUUAGUAUGAUAUUUUAAAUUGCCUUUAUGAUGUAUAGUUUUAGACAAUAGAAUGGGUUUUCUUUUUAAAAUAAAAUUUAUAUCUAUAAAAUAUAGACUGUAAUUUCAAAGUGUACAAUCUAAGGAACAUGUUGAGUUUCUUUUUUUAAUCCUACAGUAGCAUAUGAAUAUAUUUGGCAAAAUAUCAAAAGAUAAGUGUUUUAAGUACUACUAUAUUUGUGAUUUAUUGAGAAUUAGAAUUUAUUUCAAAGUAUAAAAUUCUCAUAAUCUAAGUUUAAAAAAUUGAGUGAGACAAGGAAAUAGUAAAUGCAUUUGACACAGGUGAGAAAAAUUGAC